CUUGUUUGUGAAGCUUUUGAAAAAUGUAAGGAAAAUGUCGCAGCAUUAAGCUUAGAAAAUUAUUUAAGAGGAUAUAUGGAGUUAUAUAGGUUUUUUGGGUUUUUAGGUUCUGUGUUUUCUUUUGUUGCAUCUGAUGUUCUUAGCAAAAUUACCAUUUUGGAAGGCUAUUUAAACUCUGAAAUAGGGGAACACUACAUGACCAUUCAAGCCAUGAUUACGUAUGAAAAUACUAACAACCUUCUGAGGGAUCCUAAACGUCCGUCUGGAGCAAGAACACUUCUACGGCUUCAUCGUGCCCUGGAGUUUAUUGCAGCUUUCAUUGGAACUAUAAGUACCCUUGAUAGUGAUGGUAAAACAUCUACUGCUGCUCAAGAAUGCUCCAACAAAACACUGGCAAAGUUCCAUCCUUGGUUGAUUCAAAAUGCAGCCCUUUUAGCUAUGUACACACUACCAAGAAAACAACAGCUUUUGGAAAAAAUUUGUGAUCAGCAGCCACCACAAGAUAUUUGUGUCUUGAUGAAACAGUUACAAGAAGUUGCUGUUGCAGUUUAUGAUGUAACCCAGAAUUUGUAUGAAGAGUAUAAUAUUUUGGAUUUACCUUAGAUAUAAACAGGCAUUGUGAAAAAAAAUUACAUCCACAGACUUUUCACAAUCUUGGAUAACAAGAUAUUAAAAUACCUGUAAAGAAUACUUAAAAAUAAAACCAUUAUCUAUAAGUAGCUUGAAGGAAGAAAUAUAUUUUUGGUUUUGUGGUUCACAAUAAUUUCUAAUUGCAAUAUUCCAAUAUUAUACAUUGUAUAUAGUGAGAGAAAGAUAUUUUAUGAAAAAUAUUACUAUUUUUUUCUUUAUGU